AUGCGUGCCAUAUUCACCGGUUCGACUACGUCUACUGCCACCAGCCAGUUCCCAGAUCCCGGAACGAGCAACGACCUAGGCAAUCAUUCGUCCACCUCACCGGCCUACUCGCCUCCCACGGCUCCUUCAGUGUCGGUCUGCUCUCCAGACGACGAGCCCUUACCGCGCCGCAUCAAGUCCAAAUCAUCCCUGCGAAGUGUUCGGAGUGCCGGCAGCAGUCACCACGAAGACGAGGGCUACGACAGCCAGGACCAACAACAGACCAGUUUUGAUAAAAGUCUCGUCCGAGCCUCCAUCCUUCGUCGCCUGUCUCCUGGAUUAGCUGCGCGCGUGAAAUUGCUGGACGGCAGUAGCAGGACCCUCACGCCCUCCCGGAGCCCAGGCAACGUCGGUCGGAUUCCGGAGGAACAUAUCAAGGAGCUUGACAGUUUGCAUCAGAACUUAUCCAUUAAGAUUGAGAAGAGAGGUCGGUCCUGGAAUGCUGUUCAUCUAACAAGUCAGCAAGAGGACGCCCGGCAUAGUCCCUCGGAUGCUUUGGAGGACCUACCGCACAGUACCACCGACCAGCCGACAACGCCAGUGGAAUCGGAACCGGCAGAACCGGUGAUCGAGGAUAUCGAACCACCCACCCUGAUACCUUCCGAGCACACCCCGGCCACCUCUCAUACCACCGUGGUGGAAGCUUCCCUGGAGGAAGACGCCUCAGACAAGGUCGCAGUGCCUGAAGAACCACCAGUGUCCAUGUCUGAUGUUGAGCAAUCUGAGAUGCCGCGAGGCAUCGAGUCGGGGACAACAGACCAUUACCCAGAUCAGACUGAUUUCGAAAAAUACAUUCAAAGCACCAGCGAUAACAAAGCGCAACAGCCCCCACCGCCACCGCCUCCCCCGAAAGAUUCCCCCCCGCCGUCUAGUGCCUCUUCCCACGACCAGUCAUAUUUCAAUCCUAGGGGCCUACAGCGUACUGAGUCGAUUUAUUCCUUCUCGAGAGCCUCAUUCAGCAAUCAGCUGUCGCAACUGACAUCCAUAACUCUACCACAACCUGCGACGUUGGCGGCCAGCAUCACCGGGAUUCCAAAUGCCCCAGCAGCUGUGAAGGCCCUGAUGGGGGCCGCUGAACAGAUUCAAAUCUGGAUUAGGAAGGCUUCGGAUGUGCUGAGUGGUCUAGAUGCGGAGGAUGAUGUGGAGUGGGCUGCGGCGGGCGGAAGAGAGGGUUUGGAAGGCGUCGACAAAGCCAUUACACGGUUUGAGAGCUUAGUCCAUGUUUAUGUGAACGCGAUUGAGAAAGUGCAAUUGCGGCAAGACAUAGGCAAUGUGAGCCCGGACAGUUUGAAGACGAUUGUCGUCCAAAUGGAUUCCAUUCUGCAGAGUUGGGCGCAAAUCAAAGCACGACUAAAAGGCGUCAAGGAGCAAGUGGAGUUGGCAAUGGAAUGGGAGGAGCUCUGGAGCAAUGUACUGGGCGAUGUGGGCAUGGAGGCUGAGAACCUCAGCCGGUUGGUCUUCGAGAUGGAGGAGAAACGGCACUUCACUAUGUCGAGCGAGCAUGAAACAUGCAGCAAUGGUUUGGAUAUCAACGAGUUGGAGACGAUCGUUGAGGAGACCCCGUCGAACGGUGGCCUGUCCAGCAAACGCUUUAGCAUGGGACCCAUCCUUUCCGUUGCACCACCCCUGGGAAUGCCCAUCAUCCAAACCCCACAGGACGACUCCAACCAUUCCAACCUUAUGGCACUAUUCGCCCGAAUGCAACCUUUACGCGCCUCACUUGAUUUCUUGCCCAUGAGGUUGUCCAUGUUCCAGUCUCGAGCCGAGCGCAUCUUUCCAAGUGCUUGCCAGGAACUGGAAGAUCGCCGCAGCCAACUUGAGAACAGCUACAAAGUCCUAGAAACCGAUGCAGAGGCCCUACGCAAGGAGCUCAGCGAAGACAAGUGGAUUUUGGUUUUCCGCAAUGCUGGGGGACAGGCUCACAAAAUGUUUGAGUCCGUUGAGCGCAGUAUCGCGAAGAUGCAAGAAGCACUCGAGACCGGCGCGCAUCUUCACAAUCCAGCGGGUUUGUCAAAAAGGAUUGAGAGCUAUGAGGCCAAGAAGAUGCAUUAUGUUCCCGCCAUUGAACGGGUGGUCUCCAUCAUCGAGAAAGGUGUUAAGGACCGCCUCACUGUGAACGGGGAAAUCUUGCGGCUUCUGUCGGAUAUGUCGUCUCGCGUGGAUGCGCUCAAAGCGAGUCUAAAAGUAAUGGACUCAUCGCUGGACGAUCUCAAUCUUGCCAAGACCCAUCAAUUGCGUGACUCGAUAUCCAGCAUCAUCACCAUGGAUAGUCCACUGACGAGCAGCGUCGUCGAUACACCUGGAAGCUCUCCCGCCUCCUCGGUGGUGAUGACCCCUGGUAACGCUCUCAAGGGAUCAUCCACGCCCCUGGGCACCUCGAGCAGGCGUGGCAGUUCCGUUGGUAGUACAGCAGCGCGGACCGCCAUGUCCAAGGUUCGACGGUACUCUGGGCUACCACAAGCAGCCUCCACUCUCACCACUGGACUAAAAUCAGCCAUCCCCAAACCUUCUUCGUUCUCAGGCUCAUCGCCCAGCAAGAAAGAUGUGGCGAUGACGCCAACACCCGCAACGCGUAAGGUAUCGCGCUUGCCACCUCCACCAUCACCGUUGAACAAUCGUCCCCGGUGGACCACGAAUACCAACACCAAUGAUCUGGAUGUUGGUCACACCUACAAAUCCCACACCCCCCUCCGCAAGUCCUCUGCUCCCGCCCGGACGUCUCGAACCUCUUCCACCAUGCCCGUGCCGAAUUCAUCUCGUCGAGAUCAAUCUGUAUCACCUGCACCGUGCAAUACGCGGUCAAUGAGCCGGGUCUCGAGCAGACUCGCCCCUCGUAGCCCAGGGCGGACUGCAUCUCCUUCUCCUUCAGGGCUCAUUCUUGAUCCUCCCCCUUACAGCAAGUUCCAAAGACCAGGCGCACCACCCAUUGCCAACACUCCUCGGAAUCGGCAAAGCUACGCAGGAUCGUCUUUCAGCCGUAGUGUUUCGCAUGGCCAGGAUUCGGGCUUGCUGAGCCCGACUAAGGCGCCUCGCCCUGGGACCUCGCUGGGCCAUUCGAGUAACCGACGCAUCAGUUUGCUUCCGUUGCCCAAGCCGCUGAGUGGUCGAGACAGCGCUGCUGGCUCCCGUUCUAAACUCGCUGAACGACCACCAUGGCGAUGA